GACAAAAUCUAGUAACUUUAAUAAAUUCUCCUUUGUGGUUACAACACAUAAUACAAGGAGGGAAAACAAGAUUUGCAAGGACAAAGAAUAAGACCCUAAAAAUUAAAGAGAGAAGAAACCCCACCCACAUACCUAGAAAGGGCAAGAACAACAACAAGAAAACAUUAGAAUCCUUCCGUUCUUGGACUUCCUAAAAUUAACCCUUUCUUUUACUUUCUCUCUCUUCUUGCUUUUGCCCUUUCUUUCCUUCUUCACAACAACAACAAUUCAGCCGUACCCACUAACCGCCUUUAGUUAUCUUUUCUCUCUGUGUUUUCUUCAGAGUUUAGAGAAGAACAAGGUACAGAAUAUUUUAGAUUGAUUGAAGGAGAAGAAAUUAAAAAAUAAAUUUAAAAUUUUUUUUUUUAAUUUGUGGGUCACCUUCAAAUUUUAUAGUAUUAUAUAAAAAAAAAAAUAGAAAAAAAGGAGCUUUUUGACUCUCUCAUUCGAAAGAUUUCAUCUUUGGAGUUGUUCUUAACUCCCUUGAGUUUGCAUGUCAGAGUUUCAGAUUUUCUGAGUUGGAAGAUAAGGGAUGAAGAAUUUGAAAUUUGAAGUAGAAGUUGCUUGUUUUGCUUUCGCUAUUUUGACUCAAAAGCAGCAAAAACACUAGAAUCAAGCAAAACAAAAAAAAAAUGGCAAACAGAUGGUGGGCUGGUAAUGUAGCUAUGAGGGGAGUUGAACACAUGUCCUCUGAUCAAUCCAAGUCUGAACACCCUAACCCGGAUAAUGUUAAUGGUAACAAUGGAAACCCGAACCCGGAUUCGGACGAUAGCCGGGAGAAUAAUCUGGAUUCUGAGGAUAAUCAUAAUCUUAGCAGUGGUGGCGGUGGCGGAGGCGGGUUUGAAAUGGUUGAAUUUGGGAGUGGUGGGAAUAGUGGUGGUAGUAGUGGUAGGAGGCCUAGAGGUAGACCACCAGGGUCUAAGAAUAAGCCUAAACCUCCAAUUGUUAUUACUAAAGAGAGUCCUAAUGCUUUGAGGAGUCAUGUUUUGGAGAUUAGUACUGGUGCUGAUAUUGCUGAUAGUUUGGCUAAUUUUGCUCAGCGCCGACACCGGGGUGUGUCGGUGCUCAGCGGGAGUGGGAUUGUUACCAAUGUGACGUUACGCCAACCGGCUGCUCCUGGUGGUGUUGUUACACUUCAUGGACGGUUUGAGAUUCUUUCUCUUUCGGGAGCGUUUCUCCCGUCUCCAUCACCUCCUGGAGCGACCGGGUUGACGGUUUACUUAGCUGGUGGCCAAGGGCAGGUUGUUGGGGGUGGUGUUGUUGGGCCUCUUGUGGCAUCAGGUCCUGUGUUGGUUAUUGCUGCUACUUUCAGCAAUGCUACAUAUGAACGGCUCCCGGUUGAAGAUCAGGAGUCCAAUGCUGCAGGACCUGAGGGGAAUAAUGGUGGGGAGGUGGGAGGAGCACAGCCCGAAGCAAUUCAGCAGGUGGGGGCUGCAAGCGGUGGCGGGUCAGCAUCACAGCCGUCACAUGGGAGUGGAAGUGGGUUGGUAGCAGGAGGGGGUGCACCAGCAGCUGCAGCAGCCGCAGCCCCAGCUCCAGCAGGUGAUCAAAGUACGUCUUCAAUGCCAAUGCCUAUAUUUAAUAUGCCUCCUAAUUUGCUGCCGAAUGGUCAGAUGCCUCAUGAUAUGUUUUGGGGUCCUCCUCCUCGCCCUCCCCCUUCUUAUUAACGGGGGAAUUAUAAAGGGCGAGAAAUUUUGAAUUUUGUGGUUGAUAUUGUUAGCUUUGGGGUGGACUAACAACAUUUUGUCAAAAGAAUUAGGAGUGCAUGCUUAAAUUUGUGGUUAGCUCUUGUAAGAAUUAGCUAGGAUUUCAGUGGCAAAUUAGCAGAUUAGGACUUCUUUUUAUCCUUUUAAUGGUAGCAACUGCUAGCGCCUAGCGGGUUGAUAAUUAAUUAGGUGUAUGUUAGAGAACGCAGUUUGAUGAUCUUUGUGAUAUUAACAGUUUUUUCAUAGUUCUAUGAGAUUGAUUAAUUAGUUUGUUGUUUAAGUCUUCGUUAUUCAGUUGAAAUGUUUGCUAGCUUUGUUGUGGAUAUUGAUAUCUACUGAUCUAGUUUGCAUCUUAA